AUGUACAAGAUUCGAGUGUCCUGGUGUCACUUUCAUUCAGUCGAGAAGAUGGAAGUUGCUAGCACUGCCGCUGCGCUCGUCAAGCCCAACUAUAAUUUCGCCCUCGCGUUGUUCACCGAGAAGGAACGCAGGAAGACUUUCAAAGUUGUUCCUGCUGGUUACGUGAAUGUGUCGGAGCGCGUCAGUUUGAAGACCUUCUUCAUCACCAGCGAAUCGAGUGAAACCAUUCGUUCGCGACAUCGUCAUUUACCUCCUGGCUACGCAGCAUAUUCCACUCCGCCAAGCGUCUACCAAUGUCAUAAGGAAAUGAAUUGGUUGUGUCCCCUGCUGACAGGCAAAUGUCUUUCGAACGUGGAAUUUUCUCCUCGUGCUCUGAACAAGGGUUAUCCAUCUGACGAUGAAGAUUUCAUUCCCAACUGGAAGAAGAUGCUGUGCUCUGCCGGACGACUCUGGUCGUUCGAGUUCUUCCCGAAAAGAUACAUCGUAUCAAAUGGUGAAAUGGCAAGAUGGGGUCUAUAUUAUACGGGAAUCCGCGAUGAGACGUCUUGCAUUUUUUGUCGUCUGAUCCUUCACAACUGGGAAUACGGAGACAAUACGUACGAGGAACACCGUAGAUUUCCCCCCAACUGUCCAUUGAUUAGAGGACGUAACGUCAUGGAUAUCCCAUGCGAGAACUCUCACAAUCCUGACGACAUUAAGACGGAAAAGGAAGGAAAGGAGAUGAUCGACGCUCUAAACAGACGAUCUCCAACGAGUUCCUUCAAAUCGGACGCUUCUUCUGAGCUGAUCGUUGACGAAGGCGAGGAUUCCCACCAUUCCUCAGGAGCAGUCGAACAAGGAGGGGAGAAAUAAAGACAGUGUCUUCGAUCGCCCUCGACUGCUACAAACAUACACCAACUCGGACCGAUUUUUAUGUUUCUCUGUAUAUGCGGCACACUUUGUUUCAUGCUUACUCUUGUUAAUAUAGCA